UUAAAAAACUGGAAAAGUUUUAUAGAGCAGCUCAGCCGUUGGUUUAUCACCAACGAGGCUCAAUCCCUUUGGCUCACGUCGAAUACCAAAAGCGGGCUAAAGUUUUGGCACAAGCCAAACGGCUGGCACUGCACAUCCUUUUUUUCGAUAUAUAUAUACAUAUUUUUUUUUUGGCUUGGGCGAUAGUGACUGCUGUGUAUUUAUAGUCAAAUGGCUUGCUCCUGUUUGGGGGCGUGUGGCAUGUGCGUUGGAAGCAGCACUUAAAUCACGCUCAGCACACACGCAUAGCCGAAAUAAAUGCCCAGUUUUUGCAUGGCACUGAUUAACAUGCUGUUUGUAUCUGUUUUCUCCCCUCCCUCUCUCUCCCUCUCUCUCACUCCCUCUCUCUGUGUAGAUUAUCGUCAUGAACCGCACCGAGCUUGGCAGUCAUAUUCUGAGCUCCGCCGAGUUGUAUAAAGUACUUUCGAGCGACGCCACAUUUGAUACGAUUGGGGAGAGUCGUCAUUUGGUUAAUUAUCCUGGCCUUGAUGCAGGCAGUGUUUACACUACGAACCACAACUACGACAAACUCAAYAGCAACUACGAAGACAGCAGCAGCAGCAGCAGCAACAACGACAACGACAACAUGACAAUGUUGCUGCUGAACAGUACAAGCAACGGGAGCUAUGUGCCCGCCGGAAUGGACCCAGUGCUGAUGGACCAAUAUCUGCACAACCGUUCCAUCGGCAGUCCGUGGUACCACCUGCUAAUCGCCAUGUACGGUGUAUUGAUUGUAUUCGGAGCCAUGGGCAACAUAAUGGUGGUAAUUGCAGUACUGCGUAAACCAAUCAUGCGCACGGCCCGCAACCUCUUCAUACUCAAUCUGGCCAUAUCGGACCUGCUCUUAUGCCUAGUUACCAUGCCGCUGACACUGAUGGAACUCCUUUCGAAGUUCUGGCCAUACGGCUCCUGUGCCACCCUGUGCAAAACGAUUGCCACUCUGCAGGCCCUGAGCAUAUUCGUGUCCACCAUAUCCAUAACAGCGAUUGCCUUCGACAGAUAUCAGGUAAUUGUCUAUCCCACGCGGGACAGCCUGCAGUUCGUCGGAGCUGUGACCAUACUGGCCGGCAUUUGGACUCUCGCCCUGAUUCUGGCCUCGCCGCUGUUCAUCUACAAGCAGCUGAUCAACAUGGACAUGCCGCUGAUGCUGCAGAAGUUCGGAGUGCCCCACAGGAUAUCGUACUGCAUCGAGGACUGGCCGAUGAGCGAUGGCCGCUUCUACUACUCGAUCUUUUCGCUGUGCGUGCAGUAUCUGGUGCCCAUAGUGAUAGUGUCGAUCGCCUACUUCGGCAUCUACAACAAGCUGAAGAGCCGCAUCACCGUGGUCGCCGUGCAGUGCUCGUCGCAGCGCAAGACGGAGCGGGGCAGGCGGAUGCAGCGGACGAAUCGACUGCUGAUCAGCAUUGCGAUUAUUUUCGGGGUCUCGUGGCUGCCGCUGAACUUCAUCAAUUUGUACGCGGACAUGCAACGGCCCUCGGCCGUCACGCAGAGAAUGCUUGUGGCGUAUGCCAUUUGCCACAUGAUUGGCAUGAGCUCGGCCUGCUCGAAUCCGCUGCUGUAUGGAUGGCUCAACGAUAACUUCCGUAAAGAAUUUCAAGAACUCUUGUGUCGUUGCACUGAAUCCACUAAUGUUGCUCUCCAUGGUCACACGACAGGCAGCAACGUCCAGGCAGCUGCGACGCGUCGCCGCCGCAAACACGAGGCCGACCUGUCCAAGGGCGAGCUGCAGCUGCUGGGUAAGAGCGCCAAGCGGGGCCUGGCGACCUCCGAUGGCGACUGCCUCGGCGGCGUUAGCAUCGCGGCCACCGACUUUAACGCACGAAAUGGAACGCGCAGCGCGGUCACCGAGUCUGUGGCUCUCACCGAGAAUCCCAUGCCGACGGAGCUGAUCAUCCUGGCGCCGCCUUAAACAGACCACAAAUCCGCCUAAUACUAACCCAGCUAAACUAAGUCCCUGCCUAAGCAGGAGCAAGCCAGUCUCUGUGCUUUGUCGUACGUAUAUGUAUUUGCAUAUGUAUAUGUAUAUGUAAAUAUUUGUAAAUAUAAAUACGAGACACUGACAUUGUGCAGGCCGUGCCGGAGCCCCGGAGCUCCCAGAUAAUUGAAUUUGCAUGCAAGACGUUUGUGAGAGGCAAUUGAAACAGUGCCGCAGGUUGCAUGCAUUUGCAUUUGUAUUAGAGAUUCUGUAGCAUAAUUUUCAUUUAAGUCGCAAGUAAACAAAAGUGCAUCUGAUGUGCUUUUCCUAGAGACCAUUUCAACAUUUGUGCACACUUACAGCUUUGCAACACUACUAAAAUGCCAAUUUGCAGUGUUGAGCACAAGCUCAAUG